AUGAUUUUUUUGUGUAAUUCUAAAUUUCCCAAAUUUUUACCCAGGAAACUUUUUAACUUGUUAAUAAUUGUUAAUUUUCUGUAUAUUAAUGUUUGUUUCGCAAUUUUGAUCCCCGGAAGGAGUAAUCCCAACUCCUUAAACCAACUCUCAUUCAUUAACCUUAAAAUCUUCCAUAAAAAUAUACUUCCACUCUUCGCAGGUUGGGGAGUAACGGAUAAAUAUUCAUGGGAGGAGACGGAUGACUUUGUGUAUGUAACAUCAGAGCUUAAGGAUGAGACCAAGUCUAGUGAACUUACUGUGGACUUGAACCCCAACUCCAUUAAAAUAUUCAAUAAUUCCACCGGAAAUGUUCUCAUUAACGGGCAAACCAAAGGUAGGAUAGAGGUUGAGGACUCGUAUUGGACAUUGGAGCGAAAAGACAAACUCUUACAACUGCAGAUAACGUUAAAAAAGAAACAUGACUUCAAUCACUGCUGGUACGGCGUUCUCUCAAAUGAAUCAACUAAGCUUAAACAAUACACGGAUGACAGUGUUGACAGUUCACCUAAAAGGUAUGAUCCUGUUUUACUCAUGUGUGAUAGUAUAAAAAGUGGUGAGAUAUAUGACAGGAGAUAUUUUAAGACUAUAAAUAGUGUGAAGUUGGGAGAAUUGUUUGAGGAGUGGGUGGGAAGAUACGCUGACCAUUUGGUACCGUUUGGGAAACCGAAAACUGAAAUCGAAUUCACUUACCAAAAAGAUAAUCACACACCCAAACUUCUUUUUACACAGUUAAACUCCAAUGAUUAUAUCAACAUUAUUAUUAAACCAAUAGAUAAUCCUAGAUCUCUUAAUACCCAGGGUAUUCCCCUGAAUUCCCACUGUAUAUCUCCAAAUAUUACUGAGUAUAAUACUGAGAAUACUACGGAUAAUACUGUGGAUAAUACUACUGACAAUAUGGCUAAGGUUGAUCGGGAUGUGGGAUCUGAGAUAAUAUUUGUGAAUGGUCCUACAACUGAGAUAUUGAGUGGCGGUUUGGGUGCUGAGUUGAAGGCCAAGUUAAUCACAUCUUUAAACUCGUUAAUAAACGCGUUUGAACUUGACAUUAAUAAAUUUCUAACAAUUUCUGAAGGGAACGCCGACGGGUUUGACUACGCCAGCGCCAACGCCAUACUCUCACCAGACAACAUUAAUCAAUACAUCAACUACCACAAAUCCAUUCAACACUUUAUUCAACACAAUAUCACACACUCUAAUACACACUCUAAUACACAAUCUAAUACGCAACUUAAGAGUGAUACACAAGUUAACAGUAAUAACUUAGUUAACAGUGAUACAAUUGUUAAGAGUGAUAAAACUGUUGAGAAUGAAUCUGAUGGUGCGGAGUUGAGGGGUAGUUUGAUGGAGUUGUAUGAUACGGUGGAGAGGGAGAGUAGAAAGGAGCCGAAAGAGCAGAUGAAGAGUAUAAUUAACAAUUUAAAAAAGAACCUUAAUCUGACAAAUUCACAAAUGGAUCUGCUUUUUAGUGAGUGUGAGAAGAGAGUUGAGAGAGAGAUGGAGGAACUGAGAGAAAGAAAUACCUCCUACCCCGAUGUCACACCAGCACAGCCCACGAUCAUAGAAAAGUUGGAGGACCCGUUUAAUGCGAUAAUGAAUAAUCCGGAGAAUAGGGAAGGCUCUUUACUAGUUCGGAAAUACCACUCAAUCACCAAAUCACAACAAACCAAACUUAAAAACCGAUGGCUCAAAAAUAGAGGAAGAUUGGAGAUAUUACUGAAUGAGUUAUUCAAUGCGACACCCGAACUCUUCUCCACCAUUUGCAAUAAUUACAAGGAUUUAUUGAUUGGCGAGGAUUAUCCGACGUUGAUGAGGAGUUACUUGAUGACAGUUGGUGUGAGAAACGAGUCUGAGCGAGAGCGUCUAACUUACCUGAAUCAGCACGUGCUAUCACUGGUGAAACAAGCUGAAGAACUCACACGCCAAGACGAACAGUUCCAACUCGCUAAAAUUAACCAAAUCAUACAAUGGGCAAUCAACAACUUCGAUAAUCUCAAUCAACUCGUGCUGGAGAAUAAGCAGUUGUAUGACGAAAACUUUUUAACAUAUCUCAAGCUUUUAAUCAAUAAAGAACUACAAUCUCUCAAUCCUGAGGACAUGGGAGGACCUGAGAAGAACCCCUGGCUGUCAAUCCUCACAAUCAUCGAAAUCGCCGUCAAAUCCAUCAUACUAACCGAUAUCGAAUACGAGGCGUAUUUGAUAACGAACAUAGUGUACCAGAAUGUGCCAAAGGUGAGGAGGCACAUGAUAGAGUUCAUUCUGGCGACUAUGCCCAGGUCAGACUGGAAAUUCUUCAAACACCUCGUACACUCCAUCACACAAGCUUUCGAUAAUAUUCCUCCCAAAGAACGAGAGAUGGGAAGGGUGCCGGAAUGGGUUCCGGAGGCGUGUUAUCAGUUAAGGGAUGACAUUGAAAGUAUGAUUCCAGAUUGGCUCAUCAACGAGCUCUUGUCAGACAAUGACAAACUCCUCAUGCAACACAAUGACAAGCUCAGGUCACCCGUUUUUCAACUAUUUCCCAAUUCCGUAAACGAUAAAAUUGGUGAAAACGCGGGAAAUGAAGAAAUUUUGGGAAAAUUAGAAAAUUUGGGAAAUGAAGAAAUUUUGGGAAAUGAAGAAAUUUUGGGAAAUAAUGACAAAAUUGAUCAAAAUUUGAAAAUAUUGGAAAAAUUUGAAAAUUUGGAAAAUUCGGGAAAAUUGGAAAAUUCGGGAAAAUUGGAAAAUUCGGGAAUAUUGGAAAAUUGGAAAAAAUAA